CUUUCACAAAACCCUGACUCACUCAUCUCAAAACCCUAAUCAAAACCCCCGGAUGAAUUGAAGCAGCUAAUUUGAUUGAAUUAGAUCGACAAUGUCAAUCAUGUUGGGAAUGGCGAGUCGAUUAAGAAAACUGCAAAACAUGAAAACCACCGCCGCCGCCCUUGUAUUUGAAACCACAAGAAGAUCAUUUGGUGAUGUUGCAGUUGCUGGAAAUGAAAGUAAUAAUAUUAAGAAGAAAAAAGUAUCAUUGUAUUCAAAAAUAAGUCCACUUGGAAACCCUAAUCUGGAAAUGACGCCUACAUUAGAUGAUUGGAUUCAAAAAGGGAAUAAGGUCCGUGAAUCAGAAGUUAAACAAAUUGUUCAUGAUCUUCGCAGGCGUAGACGCUUUCAUCAUGCCUUGGAGGUUUCAGAGUGGAUGAACAAAAAAGGAAUUUGUGCAUUCACAACAACAGACCAUGCGGUGCAGUUGGACCUAAUUGGUAAGGUCAAUGGGUUCCUCGAGGCUGAAAAAUACUUCAAUGGUUUAAAUGACCAACAUAAAACCGAUAAAACAUACGGUGCCCUCCUCCAUUCUUAUGUCCGUCAACGUGAAACUGAUAAAUCUCUUUCCCACUUUCAAAAAAUGAAAGAAAGAGGUUUCCUAUCACCGGUCGCAUAUAACGACAUCAUGCGCCUGUAUAUACAUACAGGUAAAAGCGAUAAGAUUAAUGAUGUCUUGGAAGAGAUGAAAAGGUCUGGAAUCUCCCCUGACAAUUUAAGCUAUAGAAUGUGUAUAAAUACCUUUGGAGAUAAGAUGGACAUCGGGGGUAUGGAAAGUAUGUUAACGGAUAUGGAGAAAGAUCCAAAUAUCAUAAUGGAUUGGAACACGUAUGCGGUUGUUGCAAAUCAUUAUAUUAGAGGAAAGCUAAAAGAUAAAGCGAUUACCGCCUUAAAGAAAGCUGAAAACCUAGUUGAGAAAGACGCGCUCGGGUACAACCAUAUAAUUUCGUUACAAGCACAAUUAGGAAACAAAGAGGAUCUCCUCCGACUAUGGGGACUUCAGAAGACACAGUGUAAGAGACAGAUUAAUCGAGAUUACAUCAUAAUGAUGAAAUCUUUGGUUAAGCUUGCUGAGUUUGAAGAAGCCAAAAAGCUUUUAACAGAGUGGAAUUCCUCUGGAAAUGUUUAUGAUUUUCAAGUCCCGCGUAUUAUCAUCGAUGGGUAUCUUGAGAACAAUUUGUGUGGCGAUGCAAAGGACUUGCUUGAUAACCUGCUGAAAGACGGAAAGGCGACAAUGCCUGGUAGUUGGUGCUUGGUGGCCGUGGACUUGUUGAAGAAUAAGGAUAUUGGGACAUGUAUCAACUGUAUGGAAAGUGCAUUUACUUUGCCCUUAGAGAGAAAAGAUUGGAAAGUGGACUCAAAAGUUGUGGAAAAGCUGCUACACGGUGUUGGUGAGUAUGCAAGCAUACAAGAUGCCGAAUCCUUUGUGCAGAAGUUGAAGAAAUUUGUGGAACUUGAUAGAGGAAUGUAUCAUGCUUUGUUGCAAGGUUAUGUGUGUAGUUCUAAAGAAACAAGCAAACUUAUGGAAGAUAUGGAAGCUUGUGGCAUUGAACAAGAUGCAGAAACAAAGAAGAUUCUUGGCUUGUGAUUUUUAAAAGUUUGCUAAUGUUGCCAUGGUCUUGAAUGGUCAAAUGACAGUUACCCCUAGGUUACAGUAGUACUUUGACAUUCGAAUAACAAAUUUGGAUCUCUUAAUAUAAUGUCUAUGUUUUUUCGCCAA